UCUCAGCAGAACACACUCAUUCUGAAAGUGAAAGUUUGAGGCUAGAGGGCAAAAGGAGAUGCAAGGAUCACUUCACCUCACUCUAUCUAGGAUACCAGUAGCGUUCACUCUUCACUCUCCAGAAUGGCUGAGGCUGUGGACCGACUGUGCCUGCUCCAGUUUGUGCUGAUCCAAGCCCUGCUUCUCACAGUCUGUUCCAGUGAAAGUAACGAAAAUUAUGUCAAAUGUCAGGACAUAAAUGGAACAGUUGGGAAACCAUUAAAUCUGACCUGCAAAAUUACAGAUGAUCAAAACUGCAAGUGUACCCUAUACAAAUGGAAAAAGAAUGGAACUGAACUAAAAAAAGACACUGAUUGUGAAAAGAAUCUCACAUUGAAUUACACAAUUCAGAACCCAUCCAUGGAAGACAAUGGGACAUUUAUAUUUUGGGUACAACUGAAAUGUGGAUGGUUUGAACAGAAUCUCAGUGUGAUCUUAUCAGAGGAGGUCACUACUGCAUCACCAGGGAAGGUCACUGCUGCACCACUAUCAGAUGUCAGCAACAGUCCUCGUAAUCAUCAAGUGGCUGUCAUUUUUGUGGCUAUCCCGACCAUCUUAGGCCUCAUUGUUUUGACGAUGUUUUGCAGAAACCAUAAAACAAAGGUUUCUCAGAGACUAAACUUUGACCUCUGAAAGAAACAAAACACAUCGCAAGAAAUAGUGUGACUAGCUGUCUCAGCAGUGCCAGUGUUUUUCUUCACAGCUGAUGAGAGAGGGACAGAAAAUAAGGAGGUGAUAUACUGAAAAGAUGGGGACAGUUUUAUGUAAAAAAUGUCACUGGCAGGUUUUCAGUGGGGCAGAUUUUAGUUUUGUGAAAUGUUUAUAUAUAUGUAACAAAUGUAAUUAUGUAUUUUUCUGUCUCGCACAUUUUAUAUCUGAUUUCUGUGAAAGAACAUUAUAUUACUGACACAGUGUGGUCACUGAAUAAAUUAGCUAAAUGAGGGCCAAUUUUUAAUCAGGCUACUCUCUACUGUGACCACUGAAGUUAUGUGUUUCUGUUUGUAAGGUCUUAUCAGUGCUGAACCAUCUAGAUAGAUUUUCGACAUAA